AUGUCAAGUUCAGCGCCGGCGCCGGCGCCGUCGCCAGAUGACACAACGAAGAAACCAGACACAUUGAACACCAUUGAAGAGCCGGACAGGUUGCCAUCAUAUGGCUCUGCCCCGGGUGUGAUAGAUGAGGUGACGCGGGUCGUCGAUCACCAGGCCGAACGGCGUCUAUGUCGGAAGUUUGAUUAUCGUCUGUUGCCGAUUCUGGCGAUUAUGUACUUAUUCAAUGCGCUGGACAAAGGAAAUUUGGGAAAUGCAGAGACAGACGGAAUGUCGAAGGACUUGAACUUCAAGCCGAAUGAAUACAAUCUCCUAUUAUCGAUCUUCUUCGUUCCAUUCGUGAUCUUUGCGCCACCGUUCUCAAUGCUCGGGAAGAAGUUCGGUCCAGCACGCGUGCUUCCAAUCUUGAUGUUUUCCUUUGGCUCCUUGACGAUACUGUCCUCAGCAGCGUAUAAUUUCAGCGGCAUGUUCGCUCUUCGCUGGUUUCUCGGCAUGUCCGAGGCGGCAUUCUUCCCGCUGGUCAUCUACUACUUGACCACCUUCUACCGGCGUGGCGAGCUGGCUCGUCGCUUGGCUGUUUUCUACGCCGCAUCGAACAUUGCAAACGCUUUCUCUGGACUCAUUGCGUUCGGUGUGUUCCAGAUCAAGGGAUCGCAUAUUCCGAAUUGGCGGUACCUGUUCAUAAUCGAGGGGACUGUUUCUGUUCUCUUCGCCAUAUUCGCCUUCAUAUACCUCCCACGCAGCGUCGCAGAGGCCAAGUUUUUGUCUGAGGAGGAGAAGGCACUGGCAUUCCACCGUAUCCAGGUUGAUUCCAGUGCAGUCGUCAACGAGAAGUUUAGCCUCCGCGAGGCACUUGGCAUCUUCAAGCACCCCACCACAUACGUUUUCUUGUGCAUUGAGAUUUGCCUCGGUGUGCCUCUGCAGGGUGUUGCACUCUUCAUGCCGCAGAUCGUCGGACGACUAGGUUAUCCCACCGUCAAAACUAACCUGUACACAGUCGCACCCAAUGUGACCGGAGCAGUGAUGCUUCUGGCCCUGGCUUUCAUGUCUGACUGGGUCAAGCUUCGCUCGCCAUUCAUCGUUCUGGGCUUCCUCUUCACAUUCACCGGGUUCAUGAUCUAUCUCUCCAUUGAUGAUAUCCAGAACCAAAUCCAGGUCGCUUACUUCGCAACUUUCAUGAUGACUUGGGGAACAUCCGCCCCGUCUGUCCUACUCAGCACCUGGUAUAACAACAAUAUAGCCCACGAAGGUCGCCGCGUGCUGUUGACAAGUAUCGGCGUGCCAUUGGCCAACCUCAUGGGCCUGGUCAGCAGCAACUUGUUCAGAGAGCAAGAUGCGCCCAAGUAUAUGCCCGCGUUGAUCAGCGUUGCUGCUUUUGGAGCCACAGGCGCUUGCCUGGCUGCUUCGCUGGGUCUUUAUAUGUGGCUGGAUAAUAAGCGACGCGACCGUCGUGAUGGAUUCGUCCUCCGGGCAAGAGAUAUCCCGACGGAUCGGAUGAGAGAUGGACCAGCAUCUGCUGAGUUCCGGUGGUUUUUGUAA